AUGAACAGACGUAUGCUCUCGAAGGAGGAGGAAGGCGCAGGGGACGAUGUCGAGGUGCGCCGCGAAGACCAGGACAAGAUCAACAAGUUCAGCCGACUCCAUCAGAAAGAACUGAAGAUCGAGGAGGCGCUAAAGGCUAAGAGCAAGGAGAAAGAAGAGCUUGACGAUGUCACGAGCGAAUUGGAGCUUGCAGAUGAAGACGACCUUGUGCCAUACAAGAUUGGCGACGCCUUCUUCCACGUUUCCCUCGAACAGGCACAAGAGAUGCUGUCGACAUCGAACGAAAAGAUAGAGGAGGAGGUGUCCGCGUUGGAAGACAACAUGGGCACUAUCAAGGAAGAGAUGACGGAACUGAAAGUUGAGCUAUAUGCCAGAUUCGGUCGCAGUAUCAACCUCGAAACAUAG